GGCCGCCGCUGGUCCGCCGCCGAGAUCCGGCUCAAGAGCGACGCUGACCUGCAGAAGCUAUGGGCCGUGCUGCUCCGCGAGCGAAACAUGCUCGCGUCGGUCAAGCUGCUGCACGAACGGCGCAAAACGACGAUGCCGCACCCCGAGCGGGCGCGCAUGACGCGCAAGUCGAUGGCGAUGAUCAAGGUCGUCCUCGGGGAGCGA